GUCCUUUAUGAAGGUAGUGUCGUGCCAGGCAGACCCAGCAGCAGUCUGUGUGAUAGAACUGAGAGGGUGACAGAUACACUGACAACAUGUGCGGAAUUUUUGCUUACCUUAACUACCAUGUGUCCCACACACGGCGUGAGAUCCUGGAAAGGCUCAUUAAAGGUCUACAGAGGCUGGAGUACCGAGGAUAUGACUCUGCAGGUGUUGGGAUCGAUGGUGGCAAUGAAAAGAACUGGGAGAACAACGUCGGCAAAAUUCAGCUGAUCAAGAAAAAGGGGAAAGUCAAGGCUCUAGAGGAAGAGAUUAAUAAGCUGGAAGACAUGGACCUGGACAUUGAAUUUGAUGUUCAUCUAGGUAUUGCUCACACUCGCUGGGCCACUCACGGAGAACCAAGCCCCACAAACAGUCACCCUCAGCGCUCUGACAAGAACAAUGAAUUCAUUGUUAUCCAUAAUGGUAUUAUUACCAAUUACAAGGACCUGAAGAAGUUCUUGGAGAGCAAGGGUUAUGAGUUUGAGUCUGAGACUGACACUGAGACUAUUGCCAAGCUUGUUAAAUAUAUGUUUGAUAAUCGGGAGAACACAGAAAUCAGCUUUGCGACUUUGGUAGAACGAGUCAUCCAGCAACUGGAAGGUGCUUUUGCUCUUGUAUUUAAGAGCAUUCAUUUCCCAGGCCAGGCAGUUGGAACAAGGAGGGGAAGCCCACUUUUGAUGGGUAUACAAAGUAAACACAAGCUGUCUUCAGACCACAUACCAGUUCUCUACCGCUCCGUGUCCCAGUCCAAGGACUAUUCUCUUGAAGAAAUGUCCAUUAAUAAGGAUAAAGGUAUGGAGAAGAAGGGAAGCUGCACUCUGUCCAGAGUAGACAGCACAACCUGUCUUUUCCCUGUGGAGGAGAAUGCAGUGGAGUAUUACUUUGCAUCUGAUGCCAGUGCCGUCAUUGAGCACACAAACCGGGUCAUCUACCUAGAGGAUGAUGAUGUAGCCGCAGUAGUAAAUGGAAGACUUUCUAUUCAUCGAAUUAAGCGAAAUGUUGGUGAUCAUCCUGCACGGGCCAUUCAGACUUUACAGAUGGAACUUCAGCAGAUUAUGAAGGGUAACUUCAGCUCCUUCAUGCAGAAAGAAAUCUUUGAGCAGCCAGAAUCUGUGGUGAACACAAUGAGAGGCAGAGUGAAUUUUGAUGAUCUCACAGUGACUUUGGGAGGACUGAAGGAUCAUCUGAAAGAAAUUCAAAGAUGUCGGCGUUUGAUUCUUAUUGCUUGUGGAACAAGUUAUCAUGCAGGAGUUGCUACGCGCCAGAUUUUGGAAGAACUAACGGAGCUGCCAGUUAUGGUGGAACUUGCUAGUGACUUUUUGGACAGGAAAACACCUGUUUUCAGAGAUGAUGUAUGCUUCUUUAUCAGCCAGUCAGGGGAGACAGCCGACACACUGCUUGCCUUAAGGUACUGCAAAGAGAGGGGUGCUCUGACAGUGGGAAUUACAAAUACCGUGGGAAGCUCCAUCUCUCGGGAGACGGACUGCGGGGUCCAUAUCAAUGCAGGGCCUGAGAUUGGUGUGGCGAGCACCAAAGCAUACACAAGCCAGUUUGUAGCUCUGGUGAUGUUUGCAUUACUGGUGUGUGAUGACCGCAUAUCCAUGCAGGGCAGACGCAAACAAAUUAUGCAGGGUCUGAAGGUCUUACCCGACAACAUUAAGGAGGUGCUGAGUCUGGACGAUGAGAUUCAGAAGCUGGCAGAAGAACUCUAUCAACAGAAAUCGGUGCUGAUUAUGGGUCGUGGAUAUCACUAUGCAACCUGCCUGGAAGGAGCUUUGAAAAUCAAAGAGAUCACUUAUAUGCAUUCAGAGGGCAUCUUGGCAGGGGAAUUGAAGCAUGGCCCACUGGCCCUGGUGGACAAACUUAUGCCAGUCAUUAUGAUCAUCAUGCGAGAUCAUGCCUACACCAAGUGCCAGAAUGCUCUGCAGCAAGUGGUAGCCCGACAGGGUCGCCCUGUGGUGAUCUGUGACAAAGCAGACACAGAAACUAUCAACACCAUUAAACGCACUAUUAAGGUGCCACACACAGUGGACUGUCUACAGGGAAUCCUGAGUGUUAUUCCUCUCCAGCUCCUGGCCUUCCAUCUUGCUGUACUGAGGGGAUAUGAUGUGGAUUGUCCAAGAAACCUGGCCAAAUCCGUGACCGUGGAAUAAGCUGGAACUCACAGUCCAGAGAAGACACUAUUUCUACCUGAACAGUUUAUUUUUUUCGUGUUUUUUUUUUGUUUUUUAUUUUUUAUCCCCAUUUUUUACUUUUGUAUUUAUGUUUCCAUCCCAUGUGUGGUAUCUGAGUUUUCUGGCAGAUACUUUUGCUGCAUCUUGCACGUGUUAAAAAUAAUCCUACAUGAAUAAUGUAACUAGCUUACAUGGAAUUGCUGGAAACAAAAUGACCAUGUUUGUAUUUCGUGCCAUGACUGACACUUUGCAUCUUUUCCUAUUAUGUUAUCUCUGAUGUCUGACUAUACAAUGCCUGCAUUAACUGAGCAAUGCUGUACGUUCUGGUAUGCAUAGACCGCUGCUAACUGCGUGUUUGUGCAGGCUUUGAGUGUCAUGGCAAACAGAAGGCACUUUAGGAGUAUAUUUUAGUGUGGAAUUUUUUUAUUUUUUAUUUUUUUUUUAAUUAUGAUAACCCAGUUUUUUUUUUUUUUUUAAGUUUGGAAGAGAUUAAAAUAAUUGGAGAAGAUGUUAGGAAGGCCCUGGUACUGGCAUCUUUGUGUAUAUGCAUAUGAUGACACAACGAUCAGACAGUUCUAUUCUUACGCCAUAAUCACUUGAUCAUGUGGGACAUCUUUUCUGGUGGUGGUUCCACUGGGUGGAUGUUGGCAUUAGAUUUGGAGCAGUCUCCAGCUUUUUGUUCAAUUUUUUUUUUCCAUUAAGUGUAUGUAGCUUGCUGUCAUUUGGAAUAUAAGAACUGGACCAUGGUACUUUGUUUAACUGGCAAUUCUUCUGGCGCAUUCAGUCCAGUUUUCUUCUUGAAAGCCCAAACUAUACAUUCCAGAAUAAGCAUUUAGACUUUUGUCUAGAUCCGUUUACUUUUAUUAUUAUUAUUUGAAUGCAUCACUUCUUGCACUAAAUGUUUAGAGUGCCUUUGCACUCCUUCCCAUACUUCGUUAAAAAUAAUACAAAUAGUCGGCAGUGAUGCAGAACCCCUUUGAUAGGUUGUAUAACCCUAUUUUCGUUUGAUUUUGUUUUUGUUAAUAAUAAUCCACUUUGCUGCAAAAUUAAAUUUGUAUUAUUUUUAUUAUUAUUUUUUUU